GGGCCCAUGGCAUGUCUCCUCAGUAGGGCCAACGAUGUGAUCUUCAUCUUUCUCCACUGCACCUUCCUAUUCCUUUGCCUCCAAAGCCCAAUUUUUCUUUCCAUUCUUCUUUCCAGAAAUACACAAGAGAGCUCAUCGGUGUUUGUCGAGAUGUCUAGUGAUCAUCAAAGAGCAAAAGAGUCCGCAGAAGGAUCAUCAAGAUCUGCCGGUGAGCAUCAACAGCAGCAGCAACAACAACAACAACAACAACAACCAUCGGUGGCUGCUCCACUAAGUCGUUAUGAAUCACAAAAGCGUAGAGACUGGAAUACUUUUGGUCAGUACUUGAAGAAUCAAAGGCCACCAGUUUCACUAUCACACUGCAAUUGCAGCCAUGUACUUGACUUCCUUCGAUACCUUGAUCAGUUUGGGAAGACUAAAGUUCACUUACAAGGUUGUGUCUUCUUUGGGCAACCAGAACCUCCUGCACCUUGCACUUGCCCUCUUAGGCAAGCUUGGGGAAGUCUUGAUGCACUCAUUGGCCGUCUCCGUGCUGCUUACGAAGAAAACGGCGGUUCGCCGGAGACAAACCCUUUCGGUAGUGGUGCUAUUCGUGUUUAUUUGCGUGAAGUAAGGGAGUGUCAAGCUAAGGCAAGGGGGAUUCCAUACAAAAAGAAAAAGAAGAAGAAAAUUCUAAUCAAGUCCAACGAUGAUCCAAAGCCACCGCCGGCAACGACGAUGCAAUCCUCUUGAUGAUGAUGAUGAUGAUU